AGAAGCGUCACGAAUGCAGGACUGCUAGGGUCUCGAGAUGCAAAAAUACGGGUGGAAACGGUCAGGGCCUGGGACCUGGGCGUCGCCGUGUUCGCCUCGACGACGAUUGUAGCGUCCAGAAUUGUGGAGAAUAUUGCGAAUAUUAUCGAGCCAUGGCGACUAUCAUCGACGACGAGGACGAGCAACUACCCGUGGGCCCAACCUGGCCAAACAAUCUUCACCUCUCAAUCCCAGUUAGAUGGAUCUUGCUGAGCGCAUUACAGCUCUUCAGCGCAAGAAAGCAUCCCAUUCCCGCAACUUCACCCCGUGCUGAGCGACCUACUGCGGUUGGUUUGAAUGAAUCGACAAGCUCCGCAGACCGUGCUAUAAGACGGCCGCAAGAGACAUCCCCCAGGCGUGCUACUCCCUCAAACCAUCAACAAGAACCCAGAACAAAACACUUGUUCGAUCCGAAUAGCGAUCCCAUCCCCAAGAGACCGCGCCAAAUUCCGGAAUCGUCCAUGACAUCCCCGACCCACUCCCAACCACCCUCUAGGCAGCUAUUUGACCACAGAAGAGAUGAUCCCAUGCGCUUUGCUGUCCUCAACAACCACGCUCACCGAGAGAAACAAGCCCCAUCGUCAAUACAGUCGUCGUCGGUCAUGGACCACUCGUCCAUAUCCUCGUAUGCGUCCUCAACAUGGACCCUCACCUCAAGUACAGGCACUUCUCAGUCAUCAGCGCCCCCAGAGCAGGCGACAGACAAGGAUGGAAGCAGCAAGUUUGUCUCCAUGCUCAAGAGAAUAUACCGCGAAAUCUCAGAGUACGAGAAAAAGAUUAAAGAGUGGGACAAUCACGAAGACGGACAAAUCCCCUCUGCUGCCAUCACCAUGCUCAAACCAGGCACCUCUCUUGCCAGCGUCGAAGAGAGCGAGAACUCGGAUCCGUUGCGAAUGCUCGUGGCGCAGCACAAGCAGCUCGCCGAGCUCUAUCACAGUAUGAUCACUAUGAUCCUCCAACCAGUCCCAGCGUCAAUGUUGUCUUUUGUCAAAAAGUACAGUCUCCCCAGCCGUCUGUGGAUGAACGGCAUCACCCAUUGCAUCGAGUGCCUACGGCGCAUGAGCAGCAAGCUCCCCGGCGCAGCCGAACACAUGACUGGGUAUAUCCUCUGGUCAUACCACUUUUACGAAUCGCUCUACGAGACAAGUACAAUGAACGAGUUUAUGGCGCCCUACAAGGUCAACUGGAUCGAAGCGCUCGGCGAUCUGGCACGAUACCACAUGCAUGUAUCCGCGAGGCAAUCAUCGCAGGAGAUGGUAGACAACGCAAUAGUGCCCUUGACAGAAGAAGCCCUGCCCCCUCCUGCGCCUGCCAUGCCGCGCGCAGACGACACGCCACCUCCUUCUAUCGGCAUCGCCGCAGCUAACGCCUUUGAUCUCGAACCGGAAUCCGAAGUCUGGAGAAAGGCCUCCCAAACAUGGUACGCCAUGGUCCUCAAAGAGACUCCCGGUGCUGGUAAACUACACCACAAUAUGGGCCUGCUGAACUCGGAGAUCAGCAACGAAGAACUGCGAGGUGUUUAUCACUUUGUCAAAAGCAUGACCGCGACCCACCCCUACCCGACAUCCCGUGAAGCCAUCCUCUCCCUCUUCUCCAAACCUGCUCAACAACGGCGAAACCUGGCCGACUCGAAAGCGCCCGAGCUCUUCGUGCGACUGCACGGCAUGCUGUUUACAAAUAUUCAACUGGAUGAUUUCCAACCUACUCUCGCUCGCUUCCUAGAGCGAUUGCAGCUCGAUGGUGCUCAAGAAAGAGAAUGGAUCAUGAUGGCCGCCAUCAAUAUCGCAGCCGUGCUGCAGUAUGGCAAGGAGGACGGGAUGAUCAAAAUCGUCACAGGCGAUGCUUCAGUAGAGGGCCGAAAAAAGGAGCUAGUCCAAAAGAUGGAUAGCCUCGCCAUGAACGAUACUUCCACCUUUUCACCCUCCGGCAUGGACGUAGAUUCUCCAAUGAACGACGAGGCUAUGGUCGUCGACACACCCAUCCCCUUGCAACUAGCACUCAAACUCACCUUCUCAAUGCUCUCCUUCUUCCUCAAGCAGCCCGGUACGCUUGCCAUCAUCGAGCGGUCGUUCCCCUGGGAUGACCUCGUCAACUUUUUGUCCGAGGUACCCCGACGCAUGCUACAAAAGGAGCUAGAAGCUCGCGCCAAACUGACCGGUGGUUGCGCACCUCUCCCUGAGGACUGGUGUAUGCGUGGUAUGGCAUGGACAAUUCGACGUGUCUACGAGCAUGGUUUCUGGACGCGUGGAGCCAGUGCUGCCAAUGCCAUCUCGAGUGAGAUGGACGUUUUGUCUGUGGAUGAAGGUAUAGAACAAGACACGGAUGGUAUCAUUGAGACGGAGGAGCGUGGGGAGGAUACGGGUCCCAAAGAUUACACUGGACGACGCUGGGUCAGGAUCAUCAGAAGUUGUGUCGGGCUCUUGCAGACUGUCCCUGGCUUUGAGCUUGGUCAUGGCGAAACGGGACCUGAAUGGCGACUUGAUGAUGACAUUGAUCAGGAUAUGGAAGUGGAUUCUGAUGAAGAGGAGGAGUUGGAUGAUGAUCCUGUGGUCCAAGCUCUACAGGAGAGACGCCGGUACCUACGGAAUCUUCAAAAAGGCCGAUCAUCGCAAUCCAUGUCUCGUCCGGGUCACCAGUCGCGGCUUUCGGCUCCUUCUCGCGCAGCAUUGAACGUUCGUCCAGGCUACACCGUUCUCGUUGUCGACACAAACAUACUCCUGUCCGCCCUCCACACCAUCGCAUCCCUCAUUGAAAGUAACCGGUGGACGAUCCUCAUCCCCUUGGCUGUCAUCACCGAAUUGGACGGUAUAUCGGCCAAUCAAUCCGAGCUCGGGGAUGCAGCUGCGGCAGCUUUCAAAUACAUUUCAGAACACAUGCGAUCCCAUUCUACGUCCCUCAAAGUACAAACUUCCCGUGGCAACUACCUCAAUACCCUCAACGUCCGCAGCGAAAACUUUGACUUUAAUUCGAGAGGUGGUGACUAUGAUGACGGCAGCGGCCACCAUUGGGAGAGAAAUCUGGAUGACCUCAUCCUCCGGGCAGCAUUGUGGCAAGAGGCGCAUUGGGUCGACCGCAGUGGACUUCUCAAGGGAGGCAUCACUGCGGCGAACCAGCAAAGCAACGGGUUGAAUGAGGUCGCCAAGGUUGUAUUACUCAGCUUUGAUCGCAACCUGCGAUUGAAAGCACGGGCUCGUCAUAUGCAUGCUGGCGACGAGCGUGAUUUGGCCAACAUUGUUCGUGUUGGCUCGUAA